AUGUUUCAUAUUAGGUUUCCAAGUUGGUCAUUCGACGACUUGGCCCAGUUCGAGCUCGAUACCUUAGAAGAUAUUUUCAAGAGAUCUGAUUGGCAGGACCGGGCACUAAAGCCUGCUCUGUCGUCCAUCCUCGCGCCAGCUCUCUGCGCUGUUUAUGGUAAGCGAUUGGUAUUCACACAGGCAGCUUUUCCCUGUUUGCAACCACGUGACAAGGCGACCACGUUGGAGGUCAAAACAAUGCCAAUUUAUUCCUUAAUAGGCCACUUCCGAGUUGCCUCAAGCCUCUGCUUCAAAGCGAGGCUAAGUGUAAAGCCUGUGAUAUGAAAAUGACUUUUUACUUCCGGUCCCAUGCAAAUGAAAUACAUUUUCACACGAAAGGCUUUGCAGCCUGUUUUCAAAGUGAGAGUUUUGGAAUUGCUGGUUUGCACGUGACGACACCGCGGCCAUGUUGGCGGGCAAAAACAAAAGUAUUUCUCUCCUCUGGCAACUAAAUUCUAUUUUCAUGUAAAUUCUUCGAGAAAAAAUUCUGUUGUCUUGACCCCCAACAAGGCCGCCUUAUCACCUGGCUGCAAACCAAGAAUAGCCUGUUUUAGCUCCCACUGGAGAGAAAGGUUUUUGGUCUUAUUUUCCAAACUGGUCGCUGUGACGUCAGUAGCAAAGCAGAAGCUGUCUCCCAGAAAAAUUGUUGCUAAGCGGGGUCGUGUUAUUCGAGUGUGCAGAGGAGGCUUAGAACCGAGAGCGAUAGCUCGGCGAAUUUUCUCGACAAGCUUGACAGGUGACGUCACAUCCAAAACUGUCACUAAUGAAGACUAAGAACAAGGCUGGCAAAGCGGCAAUUUUGAGCAAAUAGCACAGCACGCAGCUACUAUUUGUACAACUGUUUGUCUGAAUUUUGUCAUUCAAAUGGGAAAUUGACAAAACUAAGACAAAACAUUGGAAGUUAGUCACUCUGAUGUCAUUUAAGGGCUUGGAAAACUUCCUCCCUCCGGCGAAUUUGGCAAUCACGUUUGUUACCAGGUUUUUCGUUUGUCGAUGGAAAGCGCCGCUCCUUGAUCAUGAGUAUAAGCAAAUCAAUUUUUUCCAUAGAAUAAAAAAAGUGGCCGACAGACAAAUUUUGCUUUUCUAACUCCUCAAGCUAUACUUAGUCUGCGGUCAAUUUAUAGCGGAAAAAAUUAUUUAUCAGCAGCCAUUUCUUAAUUGAUGAUUAAACUUCUCAAGUCUAAAAAACAGCCGCCAGCCUCUCUCUCUGUUUGUUAACUAGUUUGAAUUAAAUUUGCGAAAAGGCAAAGACGAAAAAAAUAAAGAACAAACCUCAAACCCGACUGCAAAAAAACAACUGUGCACUUGGUAGAUCAGCCUUUGCCGUCAGUGCACGACUUUUCUCCAUCCAGUUCUUGGGUGCGUUUUUAAGAAUUCCUCCAGGACUCACCUUUGACAAAUCGAGAGAUCAACAAAACUUGACAGGAUGAAAAUUCACUUUUCCGAACAAGCUAACUGACUGCUGCAGUCCCUCGUCUUAGUUGUCUAACAUAUAUCAGUUGCGGAUCCAGACCUUCGGAUAAGGGGUAAGGGGGGGGGGAGUCUAAAAAUAAGAGGGAUCCCCCCCACCCCGGGCUCCUCCCCUGGAUCCGCCACUGUAUAAGAUCAAAGUAGUCACGUUUACUAACGCCACGUGACCACCAAUAAAUCGAGUUACAUAACAAAAACACCUGCAGCUGUAUACUGGCAAUAUGGCGUCACCAUGAACUAUUUUGCCGCCAACUGUCCACAUCAGAACGUCUUUGCACGUAAUUGUAUUUGCAAUAGUGUGAAGUUUUACGCAGUAGUCUACACAUUGCUCAUUUCUUGCACAAACUCUCCCAGUUUCGUUACGCACGGAAAGGCAGUGAAAUUCCAACUCAUUUAAAACCUAAGCGGUGAUAUAUUGCAGGGAGAAAGAAGUAAAAAAAAUACAAUAUUCAUCAUUUUCCAGCUGCCUUAGAAGGCGGCCAAAGGAGUACACUUAACUUGAACCCGAAUACAUUAACCUUGAAUUUGCUUUUUUGUCAGACCUUUUCCGGUCAACUUACGCGUCCUUUUUUGGAAACUUAUUUGUGCACGUUUAGUGUGAGAGUUUCUUUUUUUUGGAGGUGGGAACAGCAGGUCUUAAUUGUCACUUGCCAACACCUCUUCACACAUGACCACCCAUUAACGGAGGGGUAGAAAGAAAAUCAUUACAUCAGUGAAAGUUAAGUGCACACAUUAUCUCUCUCACCGAUCUUCUUCUUACGUUCAUGAUGUCAACAGAACGUUCAGAUUACGUCAUUUGAAUCAUGCGCAUAAGCGUUGUUGGUACAGUGAAAUUUUUCCUCCGGCGCGAAGCCAGACGCUCUUUUCUUGAACAGGAACUCGCCUCCCGUGAGUAAAAGACGGAAGUUUCUUUUACGUGACUUUGCAGCUGGGUAAUUGAAAUUUGCAUUGUAUAGAACAUUCGCUUACUCCCCGAAUUAAUUUUGUUUACGUCGAGAAUAUCGUCACUGUUUUUUCCUAGGACUCUUGAAAUUAAAACUGAAAUUUCGCCUGGAAUAAUUCCAAAUUUUUGACGUGAACGAACAGACAGAAGGUGGUUAGCAGAGCGAGGGAUUAAAAGGAAAGCCACGCAAACUCACGUACUCGACUUGCAUUCACGCUCCAUCUCACACUCAAGUAACGCUUACGCCUACACACACUCCAUCGCGCAUAUACUGAUAUUUGGAGACGGGACAUCUAAAAUCCCCUUCUGGAAAGGCUCAUCAUCGUCCUCUUGUUUAUGGGUACUGACCUGGGAUAUGGAACCCGUCAUUCUGAAAGCCACUCUCGUAGGUUAACUGCUUCUUUAUAGCGACUAACCCUAUCACGAGAACCGUAAGGAAAAAUCUGUGAUAAGAUCUCGCGAGCUCUUCGACUGUUCCAGGAGCACCGGCUACGACCGAAUGUUUCCAGAUACCUCAGAAUUGUCUCAAAUGGUUUUCUCUAUGAUUUUGAAGCCUGUUUGGUUAAUUUGGAGCUGCCCUAAAAACUAUUUAUCCCUUCGUAUGUUAUAAGAGAACAUUGUUUGUCUCGAAAGUCUUAGGUGGCUUUUUCGUUUUAUCCUAAACUGUUAGCUACCCUGCAGCUGAUCGGUCCGGUCGAAAGAACAAGGAAAUGGAGUAGCCGUAUUUUCUUUAGAAAAUUCCAGGGGACAUUAACCUUUGUCGGCUUUUAAACUAAGUUCUUAGGAGACCGUUGUUACCAAAUCUCAAUAUCUUGCUAAUAAAAUGUGAAAAAAUAGUAGGUAAGUUAGUAGAAAAAAUCCGAAUUACUUAGACGUCGACCAUAUAAUGGAGCGGUUAUCCAGGUAGUUGCUCUUUCGAACAGAUAUUUUACAGAUAGAAGUCCUCGAGUGUCCCCGUUACUCUGUUUGAGAAAUGAGCUCAGAUCUUUAAUCGAUUAACUGGACUGACCAAGUUAAGUUCUAGUCUGUGCAUAUCAUGAUGAGUAGAUGUUUUGAUAUACGCAUUAUUUACAAUAAACAACAUUUCUCUUCACUUUUAGCAUCUUACGAAGAUGAAAAGCCCCUAUGCAAUUUUCAGGAAGACCAUAUUGUCUGGGAUCGGCAUUAUACGCUCAAGGUAAGCUUAAAAUACAAAUUAAGUGAUUUGCGUAACAAAUUUCCCGUUUUGGGUAAAACUGGUUCGGAAUAGACUACGAGUAGUCUCCAUUUUUCCUCAGGGAUGAUAGAGCGCGCGUGAAAAUCACCCCACGCGUCUCGCCUUUCUCUCUUUCACGUGAGUUGAUUUUCACGCGCGCUCGCGUUUCGCUCGCUCUACUAUCCCUGAGGAAAAAUGGGGACUACUCGUAGUCUAGGUUCGGAAUAAUUCGGGUUCUAACACCCUUCAGUUUGAAAAUGAAUUUACUGCACGAAAUUCUAAUUAGAAGAAGUAUAAAAUAACUCCUUAUGAUGUCUUUUGUAACCAGCAUGAACCUCAUAACAGUGUAUUUCUGGGCAGAUAUAAUAAUUUGUUAAUUUUUAGGGGCUGUCAAAUCGCGUUACCAUUGUCUCGCCCAUCCAAGACAGUCUUGGAUUCUGGAUUCCAUUUUGUGGAUUCAGGAUUCUAGGAUCUGUAUUCCGGAUACUUUGUCGGUGGAACUUACACCAGUCGUUGGCGGGAUUCCGGAUUCCUUUGACCUGAGUUCCGGAUUCCAAAGCACAAGAUUCUUGUUUCUACAAACUCUCGAAUCCAGAUUAAAUUACUUGGGGCGAAUUAUACACCAUACAUUUCUGGUAAACUACCAACCUACCCCUUCCCUAAGCCAACACUUAACACUUACUUCUCACUUAAGGCAAAAUGUUGGCUUAGGGGAGGGGUAGGUGGGAAUAUUCCCAGAAAUGUAUAUAAUGAUCCCAUUAUCAUACCAAGUUUCAUACUGUAUUAUCAAAGAAGUAUGUCAUAUUCUUUGUGCACAGGAUUUGUCCCGUAUCGAGGUGAAGAUUCAAAGCGUCGAAAGUCCAACUUCGUUGAGCGACAACUUUUUCGUUCCCAUUACAGAAGACAAAGAGCGAUGUCGCUCUCCAGAACUCUUAUACCCACCUAUUGCGAAUAUAGCAGAGUUUUUCGUUUGUCGAUGGAAAGCGCCGCUCCUUGAUCAUGAGUAUAAGCAAAUCAAUUUUUUCCAUAGAAUAAAAAAAGUGGCCGACAGACAAAUUUUGCUUUUCUAACUCCUCAAGCUAUACUUAGUCUGCAGUCAAUUUAUAGCGGAAAAAAUUAUUUAUCAGCAGCCAUUUCUUAAUUGAUGAUUAAACUUCUCAAGUCUAAAAAACAGCCGCCAGCCUCUCUCUCUGUUUGUUAACUAGUUUGAAUUAAAUUUGCGAAAAGGCAAAGACGAAAAAAAUAAAGAACAAACCUCAAACCCGACUGCAAAAAAACAACUGUGCACUUGGUAGAUCAGCCUUUGCCGUCAGUGCACGACUUUUCUCCAUCCAGUUCUUGGGUGCGUUUUUAAGAAUUCCUCCAGGACUCACCUUUGACAAAUCGAGAGAUCAACAAAACUUGACAGGAUGAAAAUUCACUUUUCCGAACAAGCUAACUGACUGCUGCAGUCCCUCGUCUUAGUUGUCUAACAUAUAUCAGUUGCGGAUCCAGACCUUCGGAUAAGGGGUAAGGGGGGGGGGAGUCUAAAAAUAAGAGGGAUCCCCCCCACCCCGGGCUCCUCCCCUGGAUCCGCCACUGUAUAAGAUCAAAGUAGUCACGUUUACUAACGCCACGUGACCACCAAUAAAUCGAGUUACAUAACAAAAACACCUGCAGCUGUAUACUGGCAAUAUGGCGUCACCAUGAACUAUUUUGCCGCCAACUGUCCACAUCAGAACGUCUUUGCACGUAAUUGUAUUUGCAAUAGUGUGAAGUUUUACGCAGUAGUCUACACAUUGCUCAUUUCUUGCACAAACUCUCCCAGUUUCGUUACGCACGGAAAGGCAGUGAAAUUCCAACUCAUUUAAAACCUAAGCGGUGAUAUAUUGCAGGGAGAAAGAAGUAAAAAAAAUACAAUAUUCAUCAUUUUCCAGCUGCCUUAGAAGGCGGCCAAAGGAGUACACUUAACUUGAACCCGAAUACAUUAACCUUGAAUUUGCUUUUUUGUCAGACCUUUUCCGGUCAACUUACGCGUCCUUUUUUGGAAACUUAUUUGUGCACGUUUAGUGUGAGAGUUUCUUUUUUUUGGAGGUGGGAACAGCAGGUCUUAAUUGUCACUUGCCAACACCUCUUCACACAUGACCACCCAUUAACAGAGGGGUAGAAAGAAAAUCAUUACAUCAGUGAAAGUUAAGUGCACACAUUAUCUCUCUCACCGAUCUUCUUCUUACGUUCAUGAUGUCAACAGAACGUUCAGAUUACGUCAUUUGAAUCAUGCGCAUAAGCGUUGUUGGUACAGUGAAAUUUUUCCUCCGGCGCGAAGCCAGACGCUCUUUUCUUGAACAGGAACUCGCCUCCCGUGAGUAAAAGACGGAAGUUUCUUUUACGUGACUUUGCAGCUGGGUAAUUGAAAUUUGCAUUGUAUAGAACAUUCGCUUACUCCCCGAAUUAAUUUUGUUUACGUCGAGAAUAUCGUCACUGUUUUUUCCUAGGACUCUUGAAAUUAAAACUGAAAUUUCGCCUGGAAUAAUUCCAAAUUUUUGACGUGAACGAACAGACAGAAGGUGGUUAGCAGAGCGAGGGAUUAAAAGGAAAGCCACGCAAAUUCACGUACUCGACUUGCAUUCACGCUCCAUCUCACACUCAAGUAACGCUUACGCCUACACACACUCCAUCGCGCAUAUACUGAUAUUUGGAGACGGGACAUCUAAAAUCCCCUUCUGGAAAGGCUCAUCAUCUUCCUCUUAUUCAUGGGUAACCUGGAAUAUGGAACCGGUCAUUCUGAAAGCCACUCUCGUAGGUUAACUGCUUCUUUAUAGCGACUAACCCUAUCACGAGAACCGUAAGGAAAAAUCUGUGAUAAGAUCUCGCGAGCUCUUCGACUGUUCCAGGAGCACCGGCUACGACCGAAUGUUUCCAGAUACCUCAGAAUUGUCUCAAAUGGUUUUCUCUAUGAUUUUGAAGCCUGUUUGGUUAAUUUGGAGCUGCCCUAAAAACUAUUUAUCCCUUCGUAUGUUAUAAGAGAACAUUGUUUGUCUCGAAAGUCUUAGGUGGCUUUUUCGUUUUAUCCUAAACUGUUAGCUACCCUGCAGCUGAUCGGUCCGGUCGAAAGAACAAGGAAAUGGAGUAGCCGUAUUUUCUUUAGAAAAUUCCAGGGGACAUUAACCUUUGUCGGCUUUUAAACUAAGUUCUUAGGAGACCGUUGUUACCAAAUCUCAAUAUCUUGCUAAUAAAAUGUGAAAAAAUAGUAGGUAAGUUAGUAGAAAAAAUCCGAAUUACUUAGACGUCGACCAUAUAAUGGAGCGGUUAUCCAGGUAUUUGCUCUUUCGAACAGAUAUUUUACAGAUAGAAGUCCUCGAGUGUCCCCGUUACUGCGUUUGAGAAAUGAGCUCAGAUCUUUAAUCGAUUAACUGGACUGACCAAGUUAAGUUCUAGUCUGUGCAUAUCAUGAUGAGUAGAUGUUUUGAUAUACGCAUUAUUUACAAUAAACAACAUUUCUCUUCACUUUUAGCAUCUUACGAAGAUGAAAAGCCCCUAUGCAAUUUUCAGGAAGACCAUAUUGUCUGGGAUCGGCAUUAUACGCUCAAGGUAAGCUUAAAAUACAAAUUAAGUGAUUUGCGUAACAAAUUUCCCGUUUUGGGUAAAACUGGUUCGGAAUAGACUACGAGUAGUCUCCAUUUUUCCUCAGGGAUGAUAGAGCGCGCGUGAAAAUCACCCCACGCGUCUCGCCUUUCUCUCUUUCACGUGAGUUGAUUUUCACGCGCGCUCGCGUUUCGCUCGCUCUACUAUCCCUGAGGAAAAAUGGGGACUACUCGUAGUCUAGGUUCGGAAUAAUUCGGGUUCUAACACCCUUCAGUUUGAAAAUGAAUUUACUGCACGAAAUUCUAAUUAGAAGAAGUAUAAAAUAACUCCUUAUGAUGUCUUUUGUAACCAGCAUGAACCUCAUAACAGUGUAUUUCUGGGCAGAUAUAAUAAUUUGUUAAUUUUUAGGGGCUGUCAAAUCGCGUUACCAUUGUCUCGCCCAUCCAAGACAGUCUUGGAUUCUGGAUUCCAUUUUGUGGAUUCAGGAUUCUAGGAUCUGUAUUCCGGAUACUUUGUCGGUGGAACUUACACCAGUCGUUGGCGGGAUUCCGGAUUCCUUUGACCUGAGUUCCGGAUUCCAAAGCACAAGAUUCUUGUUUCUACAAACUCUCGAAUCCAGAUUAAAUUACUUGGGGCGAAUUAUACACCAUACAUUUCUGGUAAACUACCAACCUACCCCUUCCCUAAGCCAACACUUAACACUUACUUCUCACUUAAGGCAAAAUGUUGGCUUAGGGGAGGGGUAGGUGGGAAUAUUCCCAGAAAUGUAUAUAAUGAUCCCAUUAUCAUACCAAGUUUCAUACUGUAUUAUCAAAGAAGUAUGUCAUAUUCUUUGUGCACAGGAUUUGUCCCGUAUCGAGGUGAAGAUUCAAAGCGUCGAAAGUCCAACUUCGUUGAGCGACAACUUUUUCGUUCCCAUUACAGAAGACAAAGAGCGAUGUCGCUCUCCAGAACUCUUAUACCCACCUAUUGCGAAUAUAGCAGAGGUAUUUAACGUAUUUGUUACUACGCUGUACAGUACUUUGAACCGCGGCAGGAUUAGCUCAGUACAAGUGAGAAAAUGAGACAUAGAGGGAAUCUUAGGGCGUUGGCCAGAAUAUGUGAAUUUCCUUAAGUCAUACUUAGAGGUUGUAAGCAAACGAGCAAAAAAAUAAGCAAGUCUAUUUACUUGGAUGUGCGCAGAUUUAAAUCGAUGGUUUUAAAUAUCAUCAAGUCCUUUGACUAGCUCAAAGCGAAAAAUACAGAAUAUUAUUAUGGCGACUCGGUUGAAUUCUUGAACUGGCAAUGAAUGAAAAUUUGCGAAACUCCCCGGAAAUCAACUUGCGAUUAAUCUAAGCGUUCAUUGGCCUAAAAAUAACUUUGGUGAAAUUUGCAUACCCAAGAGCUAGACUACGAGUGGUCCCCAUUUUUCCUCAGGGAUAGUGGAGCGAGCGAAACGCGAGCGUGCGUGAAAAUCAACACACGCGAGAAAGGCGAGACGCGGCGGUGAGAGAGAAAAAUGCAGGACUACAGACAAAGCCCAAGCUUUUGACCUUAUGCGUUGCUCUCAUAUUUUUCUCUCUCACCGCCGCGUCUCGCUUUUCUCUCGUGGGUUGAUUUUCACGCGCGCUCGCGUUCGCUCGCUUCUACUAUCCCUGAGGAAAAAUUGGGACUACUCGUAGUCUACCCAAGGGCUGGACUGAGCGUCUCCCUCUCUGACCUAUUGACCUAUCAUUCUCUUUUGUUAGAGCGCCAACCUCGUUCUCAGGGUCCUCUCCUACUCAUUCCUCGGAGCGAGAGGACCCUGGGAACGAAGGUGGGAAUAGCGCUUGACUGCAGAGCGGGACGUCAUGGGUUCGAUUCAGGGCGGAUAAACAUGUAUCCGUCCUCGUUCGUUUCCCGGGGCUGGACCAAUACCAGGGUCUUAAAAUAACCGGGAAAUGAAGGUACUUCCUUUGCCCUGCAAAUGGCUAGACCUUCGCGUGGCUCGGAUGACUACGAAAAAUGGCAGUUCCGUCUCCUGAAGGAGACGUGAAAGUAGUGUCCACAAUGAAUACUUUCUUGCAUGAUACAUUGAUACUUUAAUCAAGUACCUUUGCUUUGUAAGCCAGAUUACCUUCACAUUCGUCCGCCCGAAAACGGUCCGUAAAAGGUUUUGUAGCGUGCAUGCAAAACCGAACUGAACUACAUUACGACGCGAAACUGUCAUGUUCGAGAGGUUCCGGUGCAGUAUCAAAUCAACGGUUGGACUAAUGUACCUAUAGGAAUAAUUACAGUAUUAACGAACAAUUUAAGUAGCAACAAAAAAUUACAUUUUUUGUUUUGCUUUCUUACCACAGACAAAGGAAAGAUUGCCUUCACCGUGCGACUCCGGUAGAUCUUCGCCAAUCUUCGUUUCGGGAUACGAAGCCGAGCGACAACGAAACGACAUUAAGCAGUUUGGACGAGAAGCAGCUUGUAAGCUAGCUGAAAGACGAGCGGAGUAUGCAAAAAGAAGAAUGGAACAAGUGCAAGAGGAGAGUGUGAUAAUCGAGGUAAUAAUUGCGUUAAAAUUAAAUCUCAACUAACAAUGAACUAUAUACAGGGCCAAAAUUCAAUUUUACCUUGUUUCCAGGGUUAUAAUCGAAACUGUCACAAAUAGUAUGCGCAUGCCACAAGGAAAAAUAAAAAGCUACAAACUCCAUCGACUUUACUUUUUUACGCAACAACGAGUUUCUACUUUGUAUAACACUCAGUUAUACACCGCAUCUCUCAUUUUUGUUCAUAAAAUCACUGUAAAAUGUCAAAGACGAGAGGCAGGAGAAGCUAACUAAACCGUAGCCGGGCUCAAUUCCCAGCUCGCGCUGUUCCUGGUGGGGUAUUCUGUAGUUACGACAAGACAGGUUUUCUGGUUUAGAGAACAGGCGUUAAACGAUAUUCUUUUUUUGUCCAAUACUUUAGCGCAACAUAGAGGAAGCCAUCAUCAACAAACUAGAACUACUUAAAGUGGCCGACGAAUUAGAAAAGCAAAGGGAAUUCUUCAAAGGCCGAAAAGCUAAAUUAUGGCGGCGAUGUGCAAACAUGGCGGAAAUCUUGGCCAAAGAAGAAACAGAAGCAGCAUUAUGGCAGCAAAGAUAUAAGAAAGCUAUGAUGGUUGCGCCAGGGAACAUGGCAUUUUUCUGA